GAGUGCACCGAUAGGUGGCAGUGGGUAUCUCAGGUAGAAAUUCCCAAUAUAUCCCAGCAGCCGCUCAGCUGUCACACACACACACACACACGGAGAGAGCGCAGGAGUCUCGCGCAGAGUUUCACCAAACAGAAAGUGCUAGAGUCGGGGAACGGGCACUUCACGCCGCCGGAGCCGGAGACACAGCACGGAUACGGAUACAUCUCGUAUCGGAGUUGUGAGCAAUGCGCUGGCAGCAUGGCCAGAUGGUUUAAGGAGCACCUGGGUUUCAAAACCACCAAAGCCCCGCCACCGGCGCCUCCUAAACCGGACUACCGACACUUCCACACCGCCGUCUCCAGCCCUCCAGCGUUCCACCUCCAGCAGCAGACGGGCACCGGGUUAAUGUCCGCGCAGCCCGACAUCCUCACCGCCUACAAACUCCAGAAGGAGCUGGACUUCGAGGAUCCGUACACGCCGGGCGGAACCGUGCCCUUCUCCACCGGACUGAGUUCCGCGGGCUCGCCGGACGUCAAGUACGUGUCUCCGAAGCACCGGCUCAUAAAGGUGGAGACGGUCGAGCGCAGCGGCUCGAGCUCGGGCAGCAGUAGCGGGGCGACCGCGGUCAAAUCCCCCAGCUCUCCACCCGUCGAGCCCGAGAACGGCAAGCAGGAGAAGCUCAUCAUCCUAGAGGACUAUGCCGACCCCUUUGACGCAGCGGACCAGGUGGGUGGCACCCAGACGGUCACAGAAAAGCCAACGGAGAACGACGGCUACAUGGAGCCCUACGAAGCGCAGAAGAUGAUGGCUGAAAUCCGAGGCGGUCGCGCUCCUAAAGACAGUCCGGUCCGGCAGCUUCCUCUAUACGACACUCCGUACGAGCCGGAGGAGAACGGAGGAGAUCCAGACGGAGGUGUGUGUUCCCGCGAGAGCAGAUUACCGCAGGACGACGAGAGGCCGCCGGAGGAGUACGACCAGCCCUGGGAGUGGAAGAAAGACCGCAUAUCCAAAGCCUUCGCAGGUUCGGCUAUAUAUUUGUGAUGGUUGUUUUUCCAGUAGUCAUUAAUAAUACUGAACAGUCAGAAAUAUUACAAGUCCUGUGUCCGGUUCUGUUGGUGGUGGUGGGUGAUGUUGGGGAGUUACUAACUCAAGUAGUGAGGCUACUAACUUAGUUGCUCAGCUGUCUCCGAAACACUAGCUUUUCUACUAAAGAGUUUUUUUUCCCGGUGUUGUAGUGCUUCAUUUUAGUGAGUUGGUUCAUCUAAAUGAUUCAUAUAAAUAAACUGGUUGAAAAGGAUUCAUGCAAUGGUUCGUUCGAACCCCUGUGUGGCAUUUUGUAGCAAAAUAUUUCGUAAAAUACUGCAGUUUACAACUCAAGCGAUGGUCAUACUACACUUCCAGUUAUAUGCAUGCAAAUACAGGAGACCGGAAACACAAGCUGAUGCGAAAUGAUGAACUCUGACCUAUGAAUUUGUAUCAUGUGAACAUGUGACCUGUAGAAGAAAUUAAAAUUGAAUUAAAAGCAAGCAAACUUUAAAUCUGCAGUACUGCAUUGUUGCAGUAAAGUGCAUGUUGUUGUAUUUUGUUUGUAUUCUUUUAAAAAAAGACGCCACUGAGUGUGUCGUCAUAUUAUACGACCAUUGCAGAGUUUGUAGAAAUCAUGCACGCUCAAAGUCUAGUGUAACUGCGGCAUCGUUUAUAUAAAUUAGGGCAUUUUCUCUUUGCUAUUUAUUGAAUGUGUUUGCUGAAAGUUCAUUUUUGUGUUUUGGCUGUGAUUGCUAAUUAAAUCCUAGUUUCUCACUGGUGGAGGUCUCACUCUUUACUGAAUAGGUUGGAGCGUAAAUUCUCAAACAUUUUCAUUGCAAAUCAACUUGAAUGUCUAAACAGGCUCAUUUUAAUAUCUCAGCCGUUGCCGGAUCCGCCUGUUUCUGGGAAUGCUGGGAGAUUUUCUGCUUCCUCUCUCUCUGAAUGCUUUGUUCCUCAGUCGAGACUUCAGGACCGGCUCAUUU